CUUUACUCUGAUAAACAGUGGUCAGCAGUGAGCUACAGAGCUGCCUGCCCAUUUUCACUGUGUUCCCAGACAUUGUGUGUCUCUCUUUGGGUUUGUCUCUCCUCUGAUCCUGCUUAAAUCCCCCAUAGUGUGACAGGACACAGUGGACAGGAUGUCGAACCUGAAAGAGCUGUGUAGCGGCCUGCCCCUGGACCCCAUGCCACCCAAUCGGGGCCGGGAUCCCAGUGUGCCACAUGCACCCGUCAGGACGCCCAACCUCACUCCAGAGGAGGAGAGGGUGAGUACACCGACAUACUGUCACAUCUCUGAAUGCAGAAUGUGUCAACGAACAUUGACGUCACACUCAGGGAUUUACCUGCAGAUUGAGUAUUGCAAUAUUGAUAAGCACGUUUGCUUUUAAGGCUUCUCUGUUUAUCUGUGAGUGAAACCAUAAUGCUUUUAAUGUGGUAUGUUAGUAGUAAACUAGACCAAAGACGCAUAUCUUCACAAGAUGAUUAUACAUCUACACUGAGUAUACCAAACCCCCGCCCUUUUGCACUCAGAACAGUCUCAAUUCGUCGGGCAUGGACUCUACAAGGUGUCAAAAGCGUUCCACAGGGAUGCUGGCCUAUGUUUACGCCAAUACUUCGCACAGCUGUGUCAAGUUGGGUAGAGAUCCUUUGGGUGGUGGACCAUUCUUGAUACACACAGGAAACUGUUGAGCGUGAAAAACCCAGCAGCGUUGCAGUUCUUGACACAAACCGGUGUGCCUGGCACCUACUACCAUACCCAGUUCAAAUGCACUUAAAUCUUUUUUCUUGCCCAUUCACCCUCUGAAUGGCACACAUACACAAUCCAUGUCUCAAUUGUCUCAAGGUUUAAAAUCCUUCUUUAAUCUUUCUCCUCCCCUUCAUCUACACUGAUUGAAGUGGAUUUAACAAGUGACAUCAAUAAGGGAUCAUAGCUUUCACCUGGAUUCACCUAGUCAGUCUGUCGUGGAAAGAGCAGGUGUUAUUAAUGUUUUGUAUACUCAGCGUAAAUCCCCACAUCUUUUUUGUAGAUUGCUUUUUGGCACUAUAAAAAGGCAUUAGCUUGUCUUACCUGAUCCAGACGGAGGUAGAGUGAUUAUGAAUGUAAUAAAGAUAGGAAUUGGCAGUUAAUGUGUCAAAUAAUACCGACUGUUAUAUUACUCAGUGAGAGUGACUCUUUAAAGUGAAAGGGGGUGAGACUCAAGCUUGUGAAAUUUGUAUCCAAAUAUUGUUGGAGAAAGUUGGGGACAAAGAACAUAACAAAGCACAGUGCAUGUGAAUUGUUUUAUUAAAGAUAUUGGGAGUCCAUAAUGUCAUUAUGUCAUGCUCAGCACAGUGGAAUUUUUUGGCUUAAGGGUAGGAGACAGUGUUGGUUCAUCUCCUCAGAACCUUCUAUCAGCUUCACUAAUGUUUGCCAGGACUGGGAGCAAAGGGCACUGUCAAUGAUUAAGAGAGAUAAGAGUGAGUGCUUUCAUGGCUAGAGAGGGGGAGCGAAACACGAAGGACCAGAAAGUUAGGAAAGAGAGGAUGCAAAAGUAGAAGAGGGCCACCCCAUUCUGACCUCCUAUCUCACCCCCUCACCUCCUCCCCCUCUCUAGCUGGCCCUGAGGAAUGCCCUGCGCUACUUUCCCCCCUCCCACCACAGCAUCCUUGCUGCUGAAUUUGCCCAGGAGCUCAGGCAGUAUGGACACAUCUACAUGUACCGUUUCUGCCCCCUCAUACAUAUGAGGUACGUACAGUAUAAUCACCUAACACCACCUCUCAUCUCCCCAUCUGUAGUAUUCCUCUUUCUCUGUUGAUGCCAUGAUAUGGUCUACCACACCCUGAUCAGUCCCUGUGUGUGUGUGUGUGUGUGUGUGUGUGUGUGUGUGUGUGUGUGUGUGUGUGUGUGUGUGUGUGUGUGUGUGUGUGUGUGUGUGUGUGUGUGUGUGUGUGUGUGUGUGUGUGUGUGUGUGUGUGUGUGUGCGUCAUCAGGGCCUAUCCUAUAGAUCAGUACCCCUGUCGUACACGCCAAGCUGCCUCCAUCAUGCUCAUGAUCAUGAACAACCUGGACCAUACAGUUGCCCAGGUAACCACCACUCUCACAUACUGUACACUGCACACAACAGCUCACUAUAUUUUAAUUUAACUAAAACAAUGUAAUUAAUCCACCUAAGUCACUCUGUCUAUGGCUGCUUUAUCAUCUUCCCCUUGCUCUGCUCUCCAGUUUCCCCAGGAGCUGGUUACCUAUGGGGGGAAUGGACAGGUGUUCAGUAACUGGGCCCAGGUAAGCACAGAUGCGAUUAUGAUGGCAUUAUGUAGAUAUCUGUGUGUGGUAAAGUGUGUGUAAUUUUAUUUGCAGAAUUUAAUUAAUCGCUAUAUAUCUUUGCGUGUGUGUGUGUAGUUCUGUCUGGUGAUGCACUACCUGAGUGAGAUGACAGAAGAGCAGACUCUGGUCAUGUACAGUGGUCAUCCAGCGGGGCUGUUCCCCAGCCUGCCCUCCUCCCCCCGCGCCAUCAUUACCAAUGGCCUGGUAACCACACAUUCCUCCCUCCGCCUCUCCUUACUACACUCUUAGAAAAAAGGGUUCCAAAAGGGUUCUUCAGCUGUCCCCACAGUAGAAUGCUUUUUGGUUCCAGGUAGAACCCUUUUUGGUUCCAUGUAGAACCCUCUGUGGAAAGGAUUCUACAUAGAACCCAAAAGGGUUCUACCUGGAACCAAAUGGGUUAUAUCUGGACCCAAAAAGGGUUCUUCAAAGGGUUCUCUUAUGGGGACAGCCGAAGAACCCUUUUAGAUUGUAGAUAGCACCUUUUUUUCUAAGAGUGUACUCUACAGCAUUUCAGUUAGAUGCUGAUUUGGCCAUACCAUUUAGGUUUUCUCAGUUUGAUUUGAGCUUAUCUCCCUCCUUCCCUCUGACAUCAUCCUCUCUCUCUCUCUCUCUCUCUCUCUCUCUCUCUCUCUCUCUCUCUCUCUCUCUCUCUCUCUCUCUCUCUCUCUCUCUCUCUCUCUCCUCUCUCUCUCUCGUCUCUCUCUCUCUCUCCUCUCUCUCUCUCUCUCUCUCUCUCUCUCUCAGGUCAUUCCAAACUACUCCUCCAGAGAGCAGUAUGAGAAAAUGUUUGCUUUGGGUGUAUCAAUGUAAGUAACAAAUGUAACCCAGUAAUUAAUUUGUUUCGUUUUUUAACCCAUUCAUAGUUUUUUUAACCCCCAAAAUAUUUUUUGUUUAUGUUUUCCUAGGUAUGGUCAGAUGACCGCUGGUAGCUACUGCUACAUUGGGCCUCAGGGCAUUGUCCAUGGCACCAUGGUACGUCCUCACAGUCAACAGUAGAGGGCACUAUCCCCUUUGAAACUCACAUUGAUGUUGUCUUAACAAUGUGUCUGUCUCUCUUUCCUCUCCUUCCUGUCUCGCUCUCUCUCCCUCCUUCUGUAGCUGACAGUGUUGAAUGCAGGGCGGAGGUAUCUGGGGUCUGAUGACCUGAGGGGCCGGGUGUUUGUGACAUCGGGGCUGGGGGGCAUGAGCGGGGCACAGGCCAAGGCUGCUGUCAUCGCUGGCUGUGUGGGGGUCAUUGCCGAGGUCAGUGUGUUUACUUUGUUAUUGGCCAAUAACAUCCUCCCUGCAGUACAUUUUUGUGAGGUACCUAUGUGAUGGUAGCGAUGUCUGUUUAGUUUUUGUGUGAUGGAGAGCUUUGGGGUGUGUGUUAAUGUGAUAUGUGAUUGUGUUUUGCAUGGAUCCUGUUCAGGUGGAUGAGGUGCCCCUGAGAAAGAGACAUGAGCAGGGUUGGUUAAUGGAGGUCACCAGUGACAUAGAACACUGCAUCCAACGCAUUAGGUAAUAGCAGAUAAAGACACACACACACACACACAGGGCACACGUCAUGACUUUAGCACCUUAUGUGCUUAAUCAGAUCGUCCCUCUGAUGUUGUAUUCUACAGAGAGGCCAAGAGAUCCAAGACUCCUCUCAGCUUGGGUUACCAUGGCAACAUUGUGGACUUAUGGUAAGUGUAGAAUGUCAACCAAGGGCUGGACUUAAGUAGUACCAUGUAGUAGUACCAUGUACUACUACUCUAUACCUCAGUCACUAUUAGUGUAAAUACCUUUGGGAUCCCUUGUUUCCCUCUCUGACAGGGAGCGUCUGUUGACAGAGUAUGAGAGGACAGGAGAGCUGCUGGUGGACCUGGGCUCAGACCAGACCUCCCUCCACAACCCCUUCAGCGGAGGGUACUACCCAGCUCAGCUCAGCCUCCACCAGGCCAAACAGCUUAUGGCUACAGACCCAGCACGCUUCAAAACCAUGGUCCAUGAGAGGUUAGAGCUUGAUGCUGUACCUUUUUUGAAGGCAGUUGGUCUAAUUCAGGGUUCUCCUCCAACUCUGGUCCUGCAGAGCUACUGGGUAUGCCGGCUAUGGUUCCAUCCCAGUCACACAUCACACAACUGAUUCAGCAAAUCAUCUAUUCAUCAAGAACGACCAUGAUUGAGUUGGAGACCCCUGAUCUGAUUGUGGUUAAGGUUGAGGGGGUUGUUCUCUAACCUGUGGUGAUCUUCCCAUCCUCUCCCCCAGCCUCUGUAGACAGGUAGCUGCCAUCAACAAGCUAUCUGAGGCAGGGAUGUUCUUCUGGGACUAUGGCAACGCCUUCCUCCUGGAGGCCCAGAGAGCAGGUGAGUCCUACAGUUAAACCACCACCACCACGACACUGAGUCACUGACACAGGGUCAGAUAUUAUAUCACCCCCCUAAUGGUUAAGAUUAGGAUUGGGAGUAGGGUAAUGUGAUCCAAGAUCUGUGGUUAAUGCUAAGGGAAAACGUUAAGGUCCCGAUACACAUGCUGAAGUAUAGACUGAUCACAGCAUGUCUAGUGAUGUCAGCAGAGUCAUCUCCAGUUUGAUAACAUCUAGGUUUGUGUUCAUCUCUCUUUCUUCAGGAGCGGAGGUAGAGAAGGAGGGAGGCGGAGCGACAGAGUUCCGCUACCCGUCCUACGUCCAACACAUCAUGGGGUGAGUGACAGGGUGGGUUUUCUGAUCAGGUCACAUUAUCAGGUCAAACUCCUGGCCCUAACCCUUGACCCCUCCCCUCUGCAGAGACAUCUUUUCCCUGGGCUUCGGACCGUUCCGCUGGGUCUGCACCUCUGGUGACCCCUGUGACCUGGCACUGACUGAUGACAUCGCCGCCACAGUCCUGGAGGAGAUCAGCGCCAAUGUGACUGAGCGUGUGCGACAGCAGUAUAACGAUAACAUCCGCUGGAUCCGUGAGGCGGGAAAACACAGCAUGGUACUAAUUAAUAUGACACAUAUAGGACACAAUGUUAACCAUUAACAUCCCCAUUCUAGAUAAAUAAGAAAUGUAUUAUACAACUGCCAAUGCUAUUUCUGAAUGUUCUCUGUGUGUAGGUGGUGGGCUCCCAAGCCAGAAUCCUCUACUCAGACCAGAAAGGCCGUGUGUGUAUUGCCUUGGCCAUCAAUCAAGCUAUUGCAGAUGGGAGAGUUUCGGUAAGUCUUAGUUACCCAUCUCUAUGUUAUGGUUGUUUGUAUGUUUAUAUAAAGUUAGAUGUUUCUGUUGUAGUGUCCAGUCAGUGGGUAGGUAAAUCUAUGAUGAUAGAGUGUGUGUGUGUGUGGUGCAUGUGUGUGUGAGAGAGACUGUGUGAGAGUGUGUGUGUGUGUGUGUUCACCACUUAGCCUACCCUCUCCUCCAGGUCCCGGAGACCAGCAGGAAGCUAGCAGUAGGCAAAUAGACCCACUGACACUGUGUGUGUUUUUUGUCCAGGCUCCUGUGGUCAUCAGUAGAGACCACCAUGACGUCAGUGGAACAGACAGUCCCUUCAGAGAGACCUCCAACGUGUACGACGGCUCUGCCUUCUGUGCAGGUACACUAGAGCACACUCAUCAUUUGGACAGACAUUAUUAGUCAGUAUGUUAGUCUAGAUGGCUAGAAAUCAUCCACUUUGACUGAACUCAUGUAUGUGAAAGUGUGACUUUGUCACUGUGUGCCUGUCUUGCCCCCUGACAGACAUGGCGGUCCAGAACUUUGUAGGUGAUGCAUUCAGAGGGGCCACCUGGGUGUCCCUGCACAACGGUGGAGGGGUCGGCUGGUAAGAUCUGAGUUUCACCCUUCAAACUAGGGAUGGGAAGGAUGGAUGGAAGAAAGAGGGAUAGGAUAGCACACAAAAAUCAAUGAGACCAAAACUUAUGAGACAAUUACUAACUAGGAAACAUUGUGCCCCUGAUAACCAAAAUGUUGGAGUCUUCCUCAUGGAUGGACAAUCUUUCAACGUCUUUGUUUCUCCCCGAAGGUCAAAUACAGUUACCUAAUCUGAACAUGGAACCACAGUUUAGAGCCCCAGUCAUGUCCCCUCCUCCCCUCAGUCAGACUGUGUUCUCUGUCUCUUGUCUCUCUCCAGGGGUGAGGUGAUGAACGGAGGGUUUGGUCUGCUCCUGGACGGGACGGAGGAGGCAGCAAAGAGAGCCAGUCUGAUGCUCAACUGGGACGUCUCUAACGGGGUGAGAGAAGGGCGAUGAUGGGUACUGGAGGGGGAAGCUGUCUUGGAAUGUAUUCUUAAAUACUGUUAAUAUAAUUAUUACGACAGAAUAGGUUGAAAGGGUGCAUGUAAUAUCAAUUCCAUUGUGUGACAGAUCCUAUUAACAAAGGAUUAAUGUUAUAUACUUGAGUGACAUACAGUGCAUUCGAAAGUAUUCAGACCCCUUGACUUUUUCCACAUUUUGUUAAGUUACAGCCUUCUUCUAAAAUCAAUUAAAUUAAAUAAAAAUCCUCAUCAAUCUACACACAAUACCCCAUAAUGACGAAGUGAAAAUAGUUUUUUUUAAAUUCACAACAGAAAUACCUUAUUUACAUAAGUAUUCAAACCCUUUGCUAUGAGACUCGAAAUUGAGCUCAGGUGCAUCCUGUUUCCAAUGAUCAUCCUUGAUGUUUCUACAACUGGAUUGGAGUCCACCUGUGGUAAAUUCAAUUGAUUGGACAUGAUUUGGAAAGGCACACUUUCUAUAAGGUCCCACAGUUGACAGUGCAUGUCAGAGCAAAAACCAAGCCAUGAUGUCGAAGGAAUUGUCCGUAGAGCUCCGAGACAGGAUUGUGUCGAGGCACAGAUCUGGGGAAGGGUACCAAAAAAUGUCUGCAGCAUUUGGUAUUUGGUAUUUUAUUAGGAUCACCAUUAGCUGUUGCAAAAGCAGCAGCUACUCUUCCUGGGGUCCACACAAAACAUGAACCAUGACAUAAUACAGAACAUUAAUAGACAAGAACAGCUCAAGGACAGAACUACAUUUAAAAAAAAUUCAAGGCACAUGUAGCCUACAUAUCAAUACAUACACACAAACUAUCUAGGUCAAAUAGGGGAGAGGCGUUGUGCUGUGAAGUGUUGCUUUAUCUCUUUUUAAAAACCAGGUUUGCUGUUUAUUUGAGCAAUAUGAGAUGGAACGGAGUUCCAUGCAAUAUUGGCUUUAUAUAAUACUGGACGCUUUGUUGAAUUUGUUCUGGAUUUGGGGACUGUGAAAAGACCCCUGGUGGCAUGUCUGGUGGGUUAAGUGUGUGUGUCAGAGCUGUGUAUAAGCUGACUAUGCAAUCAAUUUGGGAUUUUCAACACUUUAAUGUUUCUUAUAAAAAGAAGUGAUGCAGUCAGUCUCUCCUCAACUCUUAGCCAAGAGAGACUGGCAUGCAUAGUAUUUAUAUCAGCCCUCUGAUUACAAUGAAGUGCAAGACGUGCUGCUCUGUUUUGGGCCAGCUGCAGCUUAACUAGGUCUUUCCUUGCAGCACUGGACCACACGACUGGACAAUAAUCAAGAUUAGACAAAACUAUAGCCUGCAGAACUUGCUUUUUGAAAUGUGGUGUCAAAAAAGCAGAGCAUCUCUUUAUUACGGACAUACCUCUCCCCAUCUUUACAACCAUUGAAUCUAUAUGUUUUGACCAUGAUAGUUUACAAUCUAAGAUAACGCCAAGUAAUUUAGUCUCCUCAACUUGUUCAACAGCCACACCAUUCAUUACCAGAUUCAGCUGAGGUCUAGAACUUAGGGAAUGAUUUGUACCAAAUACAAUGCUCUUAGUUUUAGAGAUGUUCAGGACCAGUCUAUUAGUGGCCACCCAUUCCAAAACACACUGCAACUCUUUUUUAAGGGUUUCAGUGACUUCAUUAGCUGUGUUUGCAGAUGCGUAUGUGAUUGAAUCAUCAGCAUACAUGGACACACAUGCUUUGUUUAAUGCCAGUGGCAGGUCAUUGGUAAACAUAUAAAAGAGUAGAGGGCCUAGAGAGCUGCCCUGUGGUACACCACACUUUACAUGUUUGACAUUAGAGAAGCUUCCAUUAAAGAAAACCCUUUGAGUUAUAUUAGAUAGAUAGCUCUGAAUCCACGAUAUGGCAGAGGUUGAAAAGCCAUAACACAUACGUUUUUUUCAACAACAGGUUAUGGUCAAUAAUAUCAAAGGCUGCACUGAAAUCUAACAGUGCAGCUCCCACAAUCUUCUUAUUAUCAAUUUCUUUCAACCAUUCAUCAGUCAUUUGUUUCAGCGCAGCGCAUGUUGAGUGCCCUUCCCUAUAAGCAUGCUGAAAGUCUGUUGUUAAUUUGUUUACAGAGAAAUAGCAUUGUAUUUGGUCAAACACUAUUUUUUCCAACAGUUUGCUAAGAGCUGGCAACAAGCUUAUAGGUCUGCUGUUAGAACCAGUAAAGGAUGCUUUACCAUUCUUGGGUAGCGGAAUGACUUUGGCUUGCCUCCAGGCCUGAGGACAAAGACUUUCCUCUAGGCUCAGAUUAAACAUAUGACAGAUAGGAGUGGCUAUAGAGUCAGCUACCAUCCUCAGUAGCUUUCCAUCUAAGUUGUCAAUGCCAGGAGGUUUGCCAUUAUUGAUCGAUAACAAUAAUUUUUCCACCUCUCCCACACUAACUUUACAAAAUUCUAACUUGCAAUGCUUUUCUUUCAUUAUUUGUUUUUUUAUGCAUGAAUACGAUGGCUCACUGUUCAUUGUUGGCAUUUCCUGCCUAAGUUUGCCCACUUUGCCAAUUAAGUAAUCAUUACAAUAAUUGGCAACAUCAAAUGGUUUUGUGAUGAAUAAGCCAUCUGAUUCGAUGAAAGAUGGAGUUGAAUGUCUUUCUGCCCAUAAUUUCAUUUAAAGUACUCCAAAGUUUUUUUCCAUCAUUCUUUAUAUCAUUGAUCUUGGCUUCAUAAUACAGUUUCUUCUUCUUUUUUUUAGGUUAGUCACAUAAUUUCUCAAUUUACAGUAAGUCAACCAGUCAGAUGUGCAGCCAGACUUAUUAGCCACUCCUUUUGCCCCAUCUCUUUCAACCAUACAGUUUUUCAAUUCCUCAUCAAUCCAUGGAGCCUUAACAGUUCUAACAGUCAGUUUCCUAACAGGUGCAUGUUUCUCAAUAAUUGGAAGAAGCAAUUUCAUAAAUUCAUCAAGUGCUGCGUCUGGAUGCUCCUUAUUAAUCACAUCAGACCAACAAAUAUGUUUUACAUCAUCCACAUAUGAGUCACAGCAAAAUCUUUUGUAUGAUCUCUUAUACACUAUUUUAGGCCCAACUGUUGGAACUUUGGCUUUCCUGGAUAUAGCCACUAUAUUGUGAUCACUGCAUCCAAUGGGUACGGAUACAGCUUUAGAACAAAGUUCUACAGUAUUAGUAAAAAUGGGAUCGAUACAUGUGGAUGAUCUUGUUCCUGUAGUGUUUGUAAACACCCUGGUAGGUUGAUUAAUAACCUGAACCAGAUUACAGGCACUGGUUACAGUAAGAAGCUUCCCCUUGAGUGGACAGCUUGAUGAAAACCAGUCAAUAUUCAGGUUCCCAAGAAAGUAGACCUCUCUGUUUACAUCACAUACAUUAUCAAGCAUUUCACUCAUGUUAUUUAGAUAGUGACUGUUCGCACUUGGUGGCCUAUAGCAACACCCCAAAAUAAAAUCCUUUAGAUGUGGCAAGUGAACCUGGAACCACAACACUUCAAUAACACUUCUCUAAGCAUUACAGGGAUAUGGCUCUGAAUAUAUACAGCAACACCUCCCCUAUAAGCAUUUCUGUUUCUUCUAUAGAUGUCAUAUUCUUGUAUUGCUACUGUUGUAUCAUCAAAUGAAUUAUCUAAGUGAGUCUCAGAAAUGGCUAAUAUAUGAAUGAACUCUGAUGUUAGCAAGUUAUUGAUUUCAUGAACCUUAUUUCUAAGGCUACAUAUAUUAAUAUGGGCUAUUUUCAGCCCUUUCCUGGGUAGCUUAUCAGAGAUAGACAUAAUACUGAAAAGAGCAAACAAAGCAAGAGAAAACAAUAUACAUUCAGCAGUCCAUUAAUCAAUUGGUGUGUGUGUGUCCUGCUGGGUUGAAGCUACGAACCCAUAGGCUUGGCUCUCUCCAGGCUUCUGGGAGGGAUGGUGGACAAUGAGCCUGUCAUAGCGGAUGUAAGCAAUGUCCCCACGCGCUCUGGCAGCUUUCAUCGCUGGGAUAAGUUCUUUCCUCUUCUGGCGCACAGCUUCAGGAUUGUCCUUGUUGAGAAAGAUAUACGUUACCCUCACGUUCUUGGCUCUUUCCAGAACAGCUACCUUGUCCUUGAACCUCAGGAACUUGACCACUAUCGGCCUGGGCGUGUCACCUGGGCCGGUGGUGGGUUUUCCACUCCUGUGGGUGCGCUCCACCUCAAUCUUCCUGUGGUCCAUCUUCAAUUUCUCAGAGAUCCUUACCCUCACUUUGUCCUCAGACUACGUCCAGGUCUCAUGUGGAGAUUCUGCAAUUCCAUCCACAACCAUGAUGUUACGCCUUGAUUGUCCCUCAAGAUAAUCUGAUGUAUCCGUCAUUAUCAUGGAUUCACACACAGAACUGAUGUCCUCUCUCAAUGACUUACAGAUUGCUGUAAUCUUGCCGUUCUCCUGUUUCAACUCAUCGAGCUGACCCUGGGAGAACUGCAAACUGUUCUUUAGGUCCUUGACCUCUUCGUUCAGGUCGUCCAUUCUUUUUUUAGUAGAAUCCACUAGUAUUUGGACAAAGCAAUUGAAGCUAUUUUCUUGUUGUUGUAACAACUGCUUGUAGAACUAUUUUUCUUCAUUUAAAAGAUCCUUCACGUGAUAGAGAGACACCACUGAAUGCCAAGUGUCACGUCUGGAGGAAACCUGGCACUAUCUCUACGGUGAAGCAUGGUGGUGGCAGCAUGAUGCUGUUGGGAUAUUUUUCAGCGGCAGGGACUGGGAGACUAGUCAGGAUCGAGGGAAAGAUGAACGGAGCAAAGUACAGAGAGAUCCUUGAUGAAAAUCUGCUCCAGAAUGCUCAGGACCUCAGACUGGGGCGAAGGUUCACCUUCCAACAGGACAAAGACCCUAAGCACACAGCCAAGACAACGCAGGAGUGGCUUCGGGACAAGUCUCUGAAUGUCCUUGAAUGGCCCAUCCAGAGCUCUGACUUGAACCCAAUCGAACAUCUCUGGAGAGACCUGAAAAUAGCUGUGCAGCGAUGCUCCCCAUCCAACCUGACAGAGCUUGAGAGGAUCUGCAGAGAAGAAUGGGAGAAACUCCCCAAAUACAGGUGUGCCAAGCUUGUAGCGUCAUACCCAAGAAGACUUGAGGUUGUAAUCGCUGCCAAAGGUGCUUCAACAAAGUACUGAGUAAAGGGUCUGAAUACUUAUGUAAAGGUAUUUCUGUUUUUUAUUUGUAAUAAAUUAUCAAACAUUUGUAGAUUGAUGAGGGGGGAAAAAACAAUUUCAUCCAUUUUAGAAUAAGGCUGUAAUGUUAAAUUUUUUUUGCAAAAAGUCAAGGGGUCUGAAUACUUUCCGAAUGCACUGUAUAACUCCCUGGCACCUUAUCCCUGCAGGUGGCUCGUCGGUGCUGGUCAGGGAACUCCAACGCCUAUGAGACCAUCCAGCGUACCAUGGAGGAGCAGAGGCAGCUUCGAGUCACUAUGCCCUACCCUGUGCAGGACGAACAUGUGUUAGACAGGGCCCUGCAGGGCUAG